AUGGGGGGUUGGGGGUGGGAGUGUUGGAGGAGGAAGGGGGGAAAGAGGUUGUUUGUUUGGUUUUUGGGUUGGUGGUUUUUUGUGUUGGUUGUUUGGGUGAUUUGUAUUGUUUGUUUGUUGUUGUUUGGGUUGUGUAUGUUUGUUUGUGUGGAUUGUUUGGUGUUUUGUUGUUUUUUUUUGGGUUGUGGUGUUUUGUUAUGUGGUUUUGUGUGGGGGGGGGGGUAUGGGUGGUGGGUUGUGAUUGGUUUUGUGGUGGGGGUGGGGAAUUUGUUGUGUGGUGUUGUGAUGGAUGUGGGGGGGGGGGGGGGGGGGGGGGUGUUGGUUGGGGGGGGGGUUUUGGGGGGGUUUGAAGGUGGAAAGUGA